AUGAAGCCUGCUCUACUCCAGCUCAUCAGUUCAAACCAAUUUUCUGGCCUGGACAAUGAAGACCCUCAUGCACAUUUGGUCACCUUCUAUGAGUUGUGUGGCACUAUGGGUGUACAAGGGGAGGAUGAAGAAGCAUUAUACAUGAGACUCUUUCCAUUCUCGCUGAAUGGCAAAGCAAAGGCUUGGCUCCAGUCACAGCCUGAUCAAAGUCUUACAAGCUGGGAGGAUGUGGAAUAUAAAUUUCUAGCACGCUUCUUUCCACCAUCAAAGAGCACAGAGGUGAAGGCUUCCAUUGCUACCUUCAUGAUAUUAGACGCAUCCUUUGGUGGUUCAGUACUUUUUAAGACUGCUGAUGAAGCCAUUGCUGUGAUAGAAAAUAUGGCUUCCACUGAUUUGAGGAGCCAACAUGGGAGAAAUCCAGCACAGAGGAGAGGAGUGUAUGAACUGAGUGCCCAGGAUGCUUUACUUGCACAGAAUAAGCUUCUGGCUCAACAAAUGGAACUCUUAACUCAACAUAUGGCCAAACUACCUCAGCAGUUACAAGCAAUGCAAGCUCAACCUCAACCACAUCAUCAAGUAAUGAGAUGUGAUUUCUGUGGAGAUAACCACCCCAACGGCCAUUGUCAAAGUCCUAGUACGUCCCAACCUGAAGAAGUCAAUUAUAUGGGAAAUCAAGGACGGCAACACUUCUUCAACAAUCAUUUCCCUAAUCCUUCUAAUCACGGGUGGAGACAAAAUCAAGAAGCUUCUAGCAGUAAAAAUCCGUAUCAACCUGCCCAGCAUUAUCAACCUCAAAAUGAUCGGACUUCAAAGCUAGAAGAUACCUUGCAAAUGUUCAUACAGCAGUCCAUCCAAAACCAGAAAAACACUAAUGCAUCUAUAAAGAAUCUGGAAGUGCAAGUUGGUCAAUUGGCCAAGCAAUUAGCAAACCAACAGGGUGGACAAUUUACUGCAAAUACGCAAGUCAACCCCAAGGAAGAAUGUAGAGCUCUCGUUGACUUGGGAGCUAGUAUCAAUCUGAUACCCCUAUCUAUGCUUAAGAAGAUUGGUGGUCUUGAAGUCAAGCCUACAAGAAUGAUGUUGCAACUGGCAGAUAGAUCCAUCAAAAUUGUUCAAUCUGUUUUUAUGUGUUCUAGUGUGAUUGAGUAUGUUCUGAAUGGUUAUGUUGAGUUUAGUUGCUUGAUGUUUGUGGAACCUUGA